CACACUAUCUACAGACAUCGAUUCCUCCUCGAUGCGCUGUGCUGUUCUGACCUUCGACGCAUGGUCAGUUCUCCAAACCUUGUCUCAUACGAACUCUCGGGGCCGUGGCCUGGCCCGAGCUUGCUUGCCUCUCGUAACGGAGACUGACCUACCAAUCACGGUCCUACCAAUCACGGUCCUACACAGCAGCGAUGACAUACUCAGGAUGACGGCGCAAUUGGGGCCGCAGAAGUCUGAGAGCUCCCCCAACGGCUCGUUGCUUCUGGGUUCCGCCCAUCGAUCCGUGUUAUUGAGCAUCCCAGGAAUACACCACUUCCUCGACGUCCAACAAUCCCGAGGUACAAUCAAAUUAUCCGUUUCACGAUCCAGUCACACUCCUCGUCUGAAACCGUGAUUGGCUCAUACCGGUUUCUGCGUGCGCCCGUGGCUUCUGGCAACUAGAAAUCUGGCAUGGAAUGAUGGCCGCCGUGGCUCAAAGUCGACCGUCCACACCGUUCCGCAUUGCUUCACGGCAUAAAUUCUCCUGCAUCAAUAUUCCGGCAUCGGUCAGGGAUUCGGCUUCUAACCCACCCGGACUUUCAACCGGAAGACGAAGAGCAGGCUGUGAAUGAUGAAAUGCGCACAAGAUUAGUUGAGGACAGGGUGGAUGAAGGGAUCAACAGACGUUCUUCUGAAAGAUCUCGCUACCAACUACUCAAUUGUCGGUUGA